AUGGCCGUUCAAACUAUAAAAAAGCCUCACGGACGAGGCCCUCCCACUUUGGAGGCGGCACGACCCCUCCCAGGAAAAAGUGCCCAGAUUGAAUUUCUUAGCCCGGGCCCUGUUAGAUCUAUAGCUGGCAAGAGGAUCUCCACUGUUUUCGGGGCAAAAAAAUUGAAAAACCCAAGGAAAGGUCGAAGGACCACCAAACUCAGAUAUGCGGAAGAGGGCCCGAGUACGACGAACAUAUCCGAGUUUGGUGACGCUGGGGCCAACCGGCUCCAAACGUAUGCCUGUGCGUUCGGUGUGGCAAGCCGCAUCAAUCGCCGCAAGUUCGGUACCGGUCAGACGGCUUUGGACGUGGGAGGGGCCUGCGAGGGAGUGGGAGGGGCUAGGGCCGCAGGACCACUGCAGGCCACAAGGGGGCGGUCGUGUGCUUCACAUAUCCGAAACACUUGUCCCUACCACCUAAAGAAAGGAGAGAAGAAAAAGUGUCCUGAAAGACGACCUGCAGCCUUUCAGAAAUGGUAUAUCAAAGGAGCUGAUGCUGAACACGGUGCAGCGAGGUGUGGGAACACAUUACCAGGUUAUCGGGCACAAGCUCUACCGAGAACAGGACUGCAUGUUCCCGGCAAGACUAAAAACCUCUCACCAACCAAAAAGGCGGCGGUGCGCAGGUACAUGUGCCACUCGGAGGCAGUAGCCUCCAAGUUUUAUGUGCCACUUAGCACCGAGGAGGCCCGGAUGAAGAGGAGGAAGAGGAUGUACAGGAGGAAGAGUAGGUACAGGAGGAAGAGGACAGUGAAGAAGAGGAAGAAGAGGAAGAAGGCCCAGAAGAACCAGAAGAAAAAGAAGAGGCCGACCGCCACUCUGGAGAGGCCAUUCUCAGUUCUCCACGCUAUAAAACAUAAAGCAAAAGACAUUUUAAAAUAUUAAGGGAUGGGAAUUUUCUUUUUUGUGCAGUACAUUGCUUUAAUAUUUUUUUUGU